AUGUCAACUUUGAAACGCUUUCGUCCAUCGGUCGAAUCGAUUUGUUCCUAUGCACAUUGUGUCGAAGCACCGAGUACUGUGCCGUGUGCUCACUGUCCAUUAAUAUUUUGUUUACGGCAUCUUGUCGAACAUCAAAUAGCGAUUGAUAAGGAACAUAAGCAUUUGAUUUCCUCGAUUGAAAACUCUCGCGCACGAUUGAAAACGAUCCAAUCGAUCGACAAUCGUUACGAAUUAUGUCAACAAUUAGAUGAAUGGCAAACGACUGUGAUUGAGAAUAUAAACCGAAUGAAAAAUGAAGUACACGCAGCUUACGAACAAUACGAUGAAGAAUUUAAUAAAAGAAAAGAGACGAUUUUAAAUGCUUGUGAUGAGAACGAAAUGAGUUUAAAAGAGAUCUCAAUCAAAUUAGAACAAUCGUUGCGCACACUCGAAUCUUCUCGCUUAGAACUAAUCAUUUCCAAGAUCAACCCGAUCAUUCAUUUAGUGAAGCCAAACUUAAAUCCCUCAGUUCCACUCAAUUCACAAAGCGCAUCUCAUAUUGACCUAGACCGCUUCUUAAUCACAUCAACGGUUGCUUUUACUCUUGACUAUAAUUCGUCUGUCAUUGCGGUAUCAUCGAAGUAUUUACUCUUCUAUAAAUCAUCUCGAUCCAUCUUCGAAUUGUACGAUGAUCGCGGUGAACAUUUGUGCGAUAUCAAUUAUGAUCAGAUAACGUACGGAGAUAUUCAACAAAUGAUCUGGUCAUCGUACGUGAAUGGAUUUCUACUUGCCACGUCAAAGCAGAUAUUGAAAUUGAAUUGCACGACCAAACGUAUCGUUCGAUAUGUUGAUAUCGGCCUGGGUUAUUUCAAAGAUAUUUGUGCGAAUGGCGAAUCUAUCGCUGUUGUUCAUAAUCUUGGAACAUCGUUAGGUGAUGUUAUUGAACAUUAUUCAACGAAUCAGAUGAUUCAACGUUGUUGGAAACCAGAUUUGUUUUCCGAUGAAAUCAACAUGAAAGAUACUAUGGAAAUCUUCCGCAUUCGAAUGAGUGGUUCUCUAUUGGCCAUCGACGCUUUAUUUACAGACAAAAUUCUCAUUUGCGAUGUUUCUCAUGCGAUGAAAUGUCUUUUUCGAAUUAAUACUCAUCAUUGUGCAAUUCUCUCGAUAUCACCAGUUUAUGAUACCCAACAAUGGAUUUUGUUCGUCAACGACGAACAAGAUGAAUCAUCUCAACGACGAAUGUUGCUUAUCAAUGCUCAAGAGAAUGAUCCACAGAGACGUCUACGUGAAAUACCAUGCGAACCUUUCACACCGACCGAUCUAUACUUUUUUGGAUCGCAUCAUUUUCUGUUAAUUCGUGAUGAAAACAAAGAUGAGGAAAAUAUGAUAUUGGAAUGUCGAAAGAUGCAUAGCACAAUAUAA